AUGGGUCUUGUGAUGGGUCAGGUGAGGGUCACAGGUGAAGGUCUCAUGAUGGAUCAGGUGGAAGAGGUCUACUCCUUGGUGCACCAGACCAUGGACCAGCCCCAGGUCAAAGACUACGUGCCCUUCUCCUGGACCUCCAUGGUGCACGUCAAAGCCGAACACUUCAAGGCCCUCUCCCACUAUUACGCCGCGGUGGCACUUUGUGACUGCCCAGCCACGUCGGAGGUGCCUUUUCCCGAGCAUGAAAAAGCAUUCCUCCAGUUUCACGUCUCCACGCCGGAAGGACCGGCUCCUUCUUUGCUUUUGCAAGACCAGGAAGCCCGCCGUCGACUGGGGAAAGCUCACCUCAAGAAAGCCAUCAUCAAGCAUGAGGAGGCCAUGAGGAUCCACAGCUUGUGCAAAAUCCUGAGGAAGAUGGAUAUCCUGCAGGAGGUCCUGUCGCUGGCCCACAAACGUUCCCUCAGCAAAUAUUCCGAAAUUGACCACGAGGAAGAUUUCUUUGAAACGGCAGAAGCCCCCGACAUUCGUCCCAAGACUCACCAGAGACCCGAAAUCAAAUCUCCCAAUUUCUCCAAGGUGAAAGUCACAGACAUCUUUCAUAGGCUGGGCCCCCUGUCCAUUUUCUCUGCCAAAAAUAAGUGGCAUCCCGCACGGACGGUGCACUUGGUCCGCGGAGCAAACGGCUUUGGAUUCACCCUCCGAGGCGACUCUCCAGUCCUGGUUGCCGGGAUCAUCGCUGGUGGGUGCGCGGCGGAAGCUGGCUUGAAGGAAGGGGACUACAUUGUCUCCAUCAACGGCCAAGACUGCAGGUGGUCCAAACACGCCGAUGUGGUGCAGCUGCUGAAGGUGGCCGGAGAGGAGGGGGUGAAGGUGGGCGUUGUCACCCUGCUGCCCCCGGAAGGACAGAAUGCGGACCGUUGCGUUAUCCCCCCCGUGGUCAUGUGA